AAUAGACCCGAUAUUGUAACGACGUUGGCUCCCCGAAUAGUUCCCGCCCUUGUGAUGCUGUUCGACGGUUUGAAGAGGGCUUACGCGGCCAGAGAACAAGAAGAUGGCGAAGAAGAAGAAAGUGAGACAGAUGAUGGCGAUUCAGAAGAAGAAUUGAGUUCGGAUGAAGACGACAUAGACGAGAAAGGUCAGCAAUAUUUGGAAAAUCUAGGACGACAGGUUUUGGGUUCGGGAGGUGGUGCAGCCGGUCUUAAUAUGUCAGCGAAUGUAAUCCAAGACGAUGACGACGAUGACAGCGAAUCGGAUCCAGAUUACGAUCCCAACGAAGAAACGAUGCUCGAAUCAUACACUACGCCUCUGGACGAGAAAGAUCGCGAUAUGGAGGAGUACAUAAUGUUCAAAGAGAUUAUGCAGUCUUUGCAAAGUUCACAGCCCGAAUGGUACCAAACACUAACGUCCAAUCUAACGGAACACGAGAGUAAAGCACUAAUGGAAGUUGCCCAGUUAGCUGACCAAAGGAAAGCAGCAAUUGAAAGCAAGAAGAUCAAACAGCAAGGAGGUAAAUUGAAAAAUGUUUUUUUUUUAAUUUAUAGUUGCCAAUGAUGACCGUAUCAUUUC